GGAAAGAAAAAUAAGGAAAGUAUUCUCUUUUUUCUCUAAAUCCAGUGAAACGGUAAAAUGCCAAUUGAUUUUUAUUACUUUCCUCUGAGUCCACCAUGCCGAAUGAUUUUAUUGCUCGGCAAAGCGAUAGGUGUGCACUUCAACUUGAAAUCGAUCAAUCCAUUGAAGGGUGAACAAAUGAAGGCAGAAUUUUUAAAGAUCAAUCCUCAACACACUAUACCAACUAUCGAUGACAAUAAUAUCGUUUUAUGGGAAAGUCGUGUUAUAAUGCAAUAUUUGGUUGAAAAAUAUGCCAAAGAUGAUUCGUUGUAUCCAAAGGAUCCUAAAAAACGUGGUAAAGUGGAUCAAAUGUUAUACUUUGAUAUAGGCACGUUGUACGAUAAUAUUGCUAAAUGUUACUUUCCAAUAUUUUUGGGAAAAAGAAAUACCUUGGACGAGAAGGCUGUAGAAAAGUUGGAAAAAUCUUGCGAUGUAUUAAAUGCAUUUUUAAAUGACAAUGAUUACGUUGCUGGUGAUAAUUUAACUAUUGCUGAUUUUAGCAUAUCAACGAGUAUCGUCAUGUUGGAGACAUUCGAAUUUGAUAUCAGUCGUUACGAUAAUGUGGUUGCUUGGUACGAUCGAUGUAAAACUGUCAUGGAAAAAUUUGGUUUCGAGGAAAUUCAUGCACCUGGAAAACAAAUAUUCAACGAAGCAUAUCGUGCUAAUUUGACCCAAGUAGUUUAAUUAAGUAUGCUCGUAGGGAUAUUACGUUGACGUAGUUUUGUAUUAUUCAUAUGCCAAUCGAAAUUAAACACAAUUUCUCUGGUCGUCCACCAUCACCGUCACCACCACCGCUUUUCGUUCCGUUUUAGUUGUUACGAAUCAUAAAGAAAAAGUUGGAAAGACAGAGAG